AAAGGUUGGUGAAACAAAUUUGUCAUUGAGACUAUGAACCAGUCCCAUAUACAAACCGCCAUGCUUAUACAUGUAUAUAUCCGAUCCCAAAGUACUGCUUUCCGUUCUCCAUUUGUUGUUACACUAGAGGUCGCAUUCUUCAACAGGAAGCGAAUUAUUUGAAUAUCUGAGGAGAAAUUUAAGUUUUACGAUAAAUUUUGGGUGAUUAAGCCCUGAACAACAGAAAGGAGCAUGCGCUGUACGGACUGGACGUUGAUUGUGUUUGUGUGGACACGAUGUAUUGGGAUAGCAUACUUUGAGGAAACCAUUUACAGAGACCCAAUGUCCAGGGUAACGUUCUACUGCCAUCCUAGUCAGACGUCUCUACAGUACAUGUGGAAACUAGUACCGCCACAGAAAACUGAAACAAUAUUGUUCACCAAUCAAGCGAAUUUCUCCAGCGACAAGUACUAUUUCUUGGAAUCAAGGUAUCGUUCCUGGGAUCUUGUUUUGAAAACGGUCAUGAAGAGGCAUACAGGGACUUAUUUAUGCCAGGAAAUUGUUCGCACCGGGGUCGUCACUCUCAAGAACUAUACACUUGUUGUCAACGGUCCACCGAAGUUGUCACCAAACAUCCCCUGGCUGAAUACAGUACCGGUGAUUGAAGGAAACACAGCAGAGCUGAGAUGUGACGUCACAGGGUCCCCGCCACCUUCCAUUAGCUGGUUUGCGAUGGAAGACGGACAAAUACGAUCAAUACACAUAGAGGGACAUAUACUUCAGAUACGUAACAUCACACGGGCUUGCGGGACAAAAUAUGUAUGCAUCGCCGAAAACAGACUCUCAACGAAACCCCUUUUGAAUAUGACUUUUGACUUGGACGUACAAUUUCCAGCUCAAAUAUUGCUAUACGACGCAAAAUCUCCACGUAGGGAUGUGACCUCAGCCAUACUGAACAGGAAGUUGGGCAUGGAAGUGAUUUUAAGAUGUGAUGUCAUGAUGUAUCCGGAAGUAACAAUUAACUGGAAAAUUAGGAACCUAAAGAACUCCCAAUUACGCAAAAUAGCCUCAUACAUACCGGGAGUCGGUAUUUCAGAACACGACAGGAGAAAAACUGUUUAUACUUUUAAAUUCCAGGUCAUUCCAAACAAAAAAGUGACAAUUUUUGAUGUUAUCUUUAGAACAGAUAAAGAGGAAACUUUCUCGGAGUAUGUAUGUGAAACGGAGGGACAGCAAUUUCCGAGUACGCAAAAAAGUAUCAAAAUUGAGAAGCUGCCUUAAUGCAUGUGAAACAUUUUACACUUGGAUUCUUCGAAUAAAAUAAAAAUUAAAAAUAAACGGAUAGCAUAAAAUAUGAAAAGUACGCCAUCAUCCCACCACGACAGUCUAUUAGUGCGUAUAUGCGCUAAAGAGAAGAAUGUGUACUGCUUAGAAACUUAAACACUAAGUAUAUAGCUUUAAAGUAUAGAAAAUCCUCCCCCAUUUCAAAUUUCAAGACUGAAUUGAACUAAUACAAUGGGAAUUUUUAAUUUUUUUUUUUUUUACAUUUAAAGAAGUUCGUUCCCCUCUAGCUUUUUGGGUAUCUAUUUUAUGUCACGUCUUAUCUAAAAAAUUGCAUCAUAUAUUAUCAUUCUAUCUGAACAUGAAUAUAUGAAUAAGCCAUAUUGAAUAAAAUUGUUAAAAGAAAAUUUUAGUUUAGUAAGAGACUAUAUUUUGUGGCGGAAGGUUUUCAAGAAGAAAAUGAACAAUUGUAAUAAGUCAAUUAUUUUAGAGUACUGUUAGAACCAUUUUAACAAGACCUUGGACUUUCAGUAGGACGAAACUAUCUAAUUCUUGCGUGAAAACAAGUUUAAAAUGACGCGGUUUCAAGCGAAAUAUGCACCGAUUGCGUAGUCUUAGCUCAAAAGCCAGACAAAUCUUGUUGAUUUCAGAGAGCCGUGGCCAACAAUGAAAUAGACAGGCAUACGUCAUUUUGCUGUUUGACACAACUACCUUAAGUCCUAGCUCUUGUUAAAAUGGUUCUACUUUAGCCUCCUUAUUUUCAGCGCAUACUAAACUUCAUGAUAGUUUGUGUAUUACGAUGCAUUCAUGUUGUUUUUAAAAAAAUAUCUUUAUCAAUAGUUUGAUAUUUCUAUCGAUAUAUUUUAGCAUAUUUAGCUUAUAAUUCAUAGAAGUCAAGAAAAAAUUAACUCCAGCAGUUUUGAGUCGAAGUUAAUCCAUGCCUUUGACAAUCAUUGCCAUUAGAUAUUCUAUUCACUAUUUUUGCAUGUAUAUAACAGGCACGUAGCAUCGAUUUUGAAAGUGGGGGAGCCAGACUCAUCCCAAAAAUCUUGAGAAAAGCAAAAAAAAAAAAUCCUAA